AAAUGUCAGACUUGGGCGACGAAAACAGCUCGGAUCCGGAUUCUAAUAAAAUCGACGAGUUUGUCAAGAUGCUUGAAGGUGGACGGAGCAUCAAAAGAAUUCUUGUUGCAAACAACGGGUUAGCCGCAAUGAAAUGUCUCAUCUCUAUUCGGCAAUGGCUUCAAAAUCAAUUUGGUACUUCUGGGGUGGUAAGUUUUGUCUGUAUCGCCACUGAAGAUGAGAUGAGGUCUGCGAGUCAUUAUCUCAAGUUAGCUGACGAAAUCGUCAUGGCCCCAGCUGGUUCUAAUUCAAAAAAUUUUGCUAAUUGUGACGUCAUCAUAAGGUUGGCUGUGGAAGCGCAGGUCGACGCAGUUUAUGUUGGGUGGGGUCAUGCUUCUGAAAAUCCGGAGCUCUGUAGACGUCUCGAGCUGAAUAAUAUUAUUUUUAUUGGCCCAUCGGAAAAAUCUAUAAUAGCAUCAGGCGAUAAAAUCGUUAGCACCAUCAUUGCUCAAUCAAUCGGAAUGCCAACUGUUACAUGGACUGGAAGUGGUGUGAAAGUUGAAGAAUGCGUGGAUUUUGAGCAUUAUCAUGAGCUCCGCUCUAAAGCUACCAUUCGAAAUGUAAAAGAGGGUCUCGAGGCGAUCGAAAAAUACGGUAUUGGUGUGCCAAUGAUGAUAAAAGCAUCCGAAGGUGGAGGUGGAAAAGGUAUUAGGAAGUGUGAGAAUAUGGACGAUUUCAAGAGGCUUUUCAAGGAAGUAGAGUUAGAAUUUCCGAACUCCCCGAUCUUCUUGAUGAAGUGUAUGGAUGGUGCUCGUCACGUGGAGAUUCAAAUUCUCGGUGAUAAACAUGGAGACGUUAUUGCUCUAUCGUCUAGAGAUUGCACAAUUCAACGAAGGUGUCAGAAAGUUAUAGAAGAAGCUCCAGCGAGCAUUGUCCCAGGAGAAGUUAUGCAGAAAAUGAAAAAGGACGCCAUAGCAUUUGCCAACUUUGUCGGAUACUACUCUGCAGGAACUGUCGAACUUCUGUUCAUUCCUACCACAAACGAGUACUUCUUCCUUGAGCUCAAUCCACGUCUCCAAGUCGAACAUCCUUGCACAGAAUCAAUCUGCGACGUGAAUGUCCCAGCGCUGCAGUAUCAAAUUGCAAUGGGCAGAAAGCUGAAAGAUAUUCCGUGUAUUAAACGAUUCAGAGAACGGGAAGCAACUGGAAACGCUGGAGGAGUUCAUUGUAUGGCGGCGAGAGUAACUUGUGAGGAUCCUAAUGAUAGAUUUCUGCCUUCUACUGGAACCGUAAGAUCUUUGAAAUUCAACUCUACUUCGAAAGCUUGGGCAUAUUUUUCGUUAUCUGAUGGAAGCACUGUUCAUGAGUUUGCGGACUCGCAAAUCGGCCACGUUUUCGCGAGAGGAAGAGAUCGAAAUGAGGCUAUUGCCAAUCUUAAACACGGACUUCAAAAUCUGAAGAUUGAUGCUACGUUUCCAACUCAAUCGGAUUACCUCAUCGAUUUGCUAUCACUUGAGAAAUUCAAGUCGAACCAGUACGACACACAAUGGUUGGAUAAGCGAAUUGCUAGUAAAGAAGGCCAGAAACUAACACUCUCAAUAGACCAUCUCAUUGCAAUUAGUGCAGCUGCCAUUGGUCGUUCAAAAAUUCGCCGAGCAUUUGAAAAAUAUGAACAUCAGUUGAAAACUGGGAAGAUCGUACUACCUAUCGAGUUGUCAAGGUGUACGGAGCUAGAUUUGCUUAUGAAUAAUUUGAAGUAUACGCUGAAAGUGUUUGAGGAGACCUCUAUGAAAUAUCACGUCCGAAUGGGAGAACAAGAAACCACUGUUAAAAUGCUUCAGUAUGGAAGUCAAACUUUAGCCAUUCAUCAGGGAAAAUCAACUGAUUUUUGUCUCGAAAAAAGCGAUGAUUUCUAUUUCAUCAAAAUCGGCGGAAAUAAAUUGAAAUUCCCAAUAACUGAUACAAAUGAUGCUACUUGCCUCAGAUCUCCAUACACUGGAAAAUUCUUAGAGUAUAAGGUGCAACCUGGUGAAUUUGUGGAAGUUGGACAAACUUAUGCACAAAUUGAGUCGAUGAAGAUGGUUUUCGAUGUAGUAACGAAAAUUGUACCUGGAAGACUCAUUCCAAUUGCAAAAGAAGGUGAUCUUAUUAAUCCUGGAUCCAUUCUCGGGAGACUUGAAAUUGAUAAGCAAGUUCAAGAUCAACUGCCAACUAGUGAGAAGUUCAGUGGAAAGAUGAAGGGGUGGAAGAUGGAGGAGAAGAGUUAUUUCGAAAGAGCGAAAUUAAUUUUGGAAGGACGUGGACCUUUGGAUUAUCCGGUUGACUCACUGAUCUCAGGACUAUUCUACUCGAAAGAAUGUGGUGAUGACGCUACACUAUCCAAUGAGCAAACCCAUGAGCUCCUAGAGCGAUUUUUGGAAACGGAACAAUACUUCGAUGCUCGAGACAGUUUUGAUGAAUCCGUUCAGAAUAUGAUUAAAUCCAAUGUCGACGUCUUGGAUUUUGAAAAUGUCGUAGACCAAAUUUAUUCGAAUUCACAUUUGAGAACCAAAGAAAAAUUAAUUUUUGGCGUUUUAAGUCACAUUUCCAAAUCUCAAGUUGAACCUGAUUUCUUCAUACCAAUACUCUGGAAACUAUUUGAGUUGAAUCAUCUCAAAGAAGUCAACAUUCUGACUGCAAGGAUUCUCUACCGAUCCAUCGAACAUCAAGAUUUUACAGUGAAGAGUUGUAAAAUCGUUACACAUAAAUCCGGGUUUUCUGAUUGUGUUGCAUCUAUGAAGUUUGAGAAUGACACGGACGUUUCAAUUUCCAAUUGCAUCGAUCAAGCGCUUAUUGAGUUUGUCAACUAUUCCUCAGAGUACUCCAAACUUAAAUUUGUUGCGAAUCGAAUCAAAAUCGCGAACAAUUCUGAUAAUUAUAUAGUUUCUGAUAUUGAGAACUUAAUUUUGAAGCGCCAAAAACAGUUGGAAGAUGCCGAAGUCAAGGAGGUUUUUAUACAAAGAGCUGGAGGAUCCUUGAGAUUUGUUAAUGAAUUUGGAGUUUUUCGGACUGAAGUUUUGCAUAAUUCUGAUGAAUCAAGUGAAUUCUCACCACCAGACAAACGUGAUUUCAAACGAAGUUUGGCCAGACAAAACCGCACAACAUACAUUUACGACUUCCCGAGAAUGUUUGCCUGGGUGGCAUCUGGCUCUUCUAAAGAACCUUUGGAUACAUGGAGUUCCACAGUUCAAGUCCAAGAACUCGUAAUCGACGACGAAAGCAGUGAACUUCGGUUUAUCUCCGACCUAAAAGAACUUGAGGCGCGUGCUACUGAAGGUGCCAAUUCAUGCUCGGUUGUUGCCUGGCUUUUGAACAUUCAUAUCGAUCAAAAGAACAUGGAAUUCGUUUUGAUUGGGAAUGACGUAACUCAUCAAGUCGGGUCGUUUGCUCAACCAGAGCACAGACUAUUUGAGAUGGCUAGUAAGCUUGCCAGAGAGAAACAGAUCCCUCGAAUCAAUAUUUCCUGUAAUUCGGGGGCUCGAAUUGGACUUGCCAGAGAUGUUCUAGAUGUACUGAAAGUAAAGUUGAAAUCAAAUGGACAUGAUUUUGAUUAUCUCUACGUUGAUGCAACGGAAAAGGAGCGAAUUGGAAGUCAAAUAGUCUACAAGCAGCAUGAGAACGAGCUAAGGAUAAAAGCUGUAAAAGGAAAGAAGAACGAGUAUAUUGGCGUCGAAAAUCUCAUGGGGUCCGGGGCAAUUGGAGGUGAAACUUCUCGUGCUUAUCGUGAGAUUCCAACUUAUUGCUAUGUAACUGGAAGAUCUGUUGGCAUUGGAGCAUACACUGCAAGACUUGCAAGACGGAUUAUUCAGCAUGAAAAAGCUCACUUAAUUCUCACAGGAUCCGCUGCUUUGAAUACACUUUUGGGAAAGAAAGUGUAUGCAUCCAACAAUCGUUUGGGAGGAAUAGAAAUAAUGAGAAGCAAUGGAAUAGCCCACGCUACUGUCUCAUCGGACCUUGCAGGAGUUGCGAAGCUGGUUCACUGGAUGCAAUAUUUACCUGCCACUCAGUCUGAGUUUCCAUUUUUCCGAUGCUUCAACGACCAAUCGCCAAGCACUGAGUUAGAAGCAGUAGGAGUCACUAAAGAUGAGAUGCAGUUGGAUGUCAAAAACUUGUUUGAAGGGUUCAACGGAAAACAAGGAUUAUUUGAUACUGAUUCGUUCGACGAGAUUCGCUCUUCAUGGGCCGCUUCAAUGGUGACCGGACGUGCCAAAUUGAAUGGAUUGCCAGUUGGAGUUAUUGCGUCACAAUGGAAAUCUUAUGAGAAACUACUACUGGCUGAUGAAAGUGUGGAAAACAGUGAAGAAAUGAUAACAAGUAAAGCUGGUCAAGUAUGGUACCCGGAAUCAGCGUUCAAAACAUCCCAAGCAAUAUCUGACUUCAAUCGGGAAUCUCUUCCACUUAUAAUGAUUGCAAGUCUUCGUGGAUUCUCUGGAGGACGAAAAGACAUGUCAGAUCAAGUUCUUACUUUUGGAGCUCACAUUAUCGAUGAACUGUCACAAUAUCAACAACCUGUGAUUGUCUACAUUCCAGCUGGUGGAGAGUUGAGAGGAGAGUGCCUUCAAAAAAGGGUGUGUCGAAUUCGCCGACAUGCACGAUCGUUGGCAGCGAAUGGAUCAUGUUGGAGCAAUUCGUCAAGUUGUGACGCUUCAAAAAACUCGAGAUGUCUUCUGGAAAAUUCUACGUCGAGAAAUGAUUCUGAUAGAGAUGGCAAGAAGAUUCCAAAAGGCUCCAAUCUAUCCAAAACCUUCACUAUCGGAGGCUCUUGAUUGGGUUCAAAAGAAGAUUGAUGGCGUCGAUAACUUAGAGCAAUUCUACAAUCAAUUUUUUUCUGAAGCGGUUUCUGCGGAAAUUGAGGAAUCAAAGCAAAAGUUCGAUCAAUUCAUUGCCACCUGGCAAGAUUUUUUUUUUAUUUUUCUAUUGAAAUAUUUUUCUAUUUUUCUAUUUUAUUUUAUUUUUCUAUUGAACGAUUUUUUGUCUAGAAUACCUUUUUUCAUUUAAGUUAAUUAUAGUGUGAUUUUCAUUAACUGGUUGAUUCAUUCAAAAACCUGUACUGAUUGUAUGCCUUGAACCUUCUCCCCAACAACCUCAAACAUCAAAAUACGUUUAUGUAGAUACCAUUUUCGAAUGAAUAUUUUUAAAAAU